GGAUUCUGAUUGGCGACCUGUUUACAACAUGGCGGCUAAAUCGCUACUUUGAGAAGAGAUAUAUCAAACUCUACUACUAUUUUGCAACUACGUACUUUUGAUAUCAGAAUAUAGAAUUUUAUGAUGGGUAGCAGUUCUGGUAAAGCUAAACCUAAGAUUGAGGACAAUAAAACUAACAAUAGUGGUGCAAAAGAGGGUACAACAUCUUCUGAUCCAGCAACAUAUAACAAACAGGUACCACCAGUAGAAGAAAAAGUAGCAUCAGACAGAAAGUCUCAGUCAGAUAUUUCCAAACAAAAAGAGCAGAAAGAAAACACAAGUAGUGGAACUGAGAGUGACAAAAAGAUCACUGUGACAGCCACUAACACAGGUGAAGAAAGCAAGGCUAAAUUAGGUAAUUCUAAACAAAAGGAGCAAAAAGAAAACACAAGCGGUGGAACUGAGAGUGAAAAGGCAACUGGAAACAUAAAUAACGAGACUAAGGAUAUGUCUGGAACAAACACAUCAGAGGCUGUUGUUGAAGAUGUAUUAAUUGAUGAAGGGCCUAAAGAACAGCUGAAAUUUGACUGUGCUGUAAAAUCUGCAUGCCUAUUGGUAAAACCAGACAGUGUUUACAAAUGUAUCACAAAGAAUGUCACAAAGUUACAGCUAAUGAGAGCUCUACCUCUUCACUUCUCUCUCCCAGAUAUGCUUAACAAGCUGGAUAAUCUAAAGGAUCUAGAUCUGUCUUUUAACAACAUGGGACCUCAGUGUUUUAGGGCUGUGUGUCUAGCUAUGUGCAAAAACUCAUCCAUCCUCAGUUUAAAUCUUGCUGACAACAAGGCUGAUACAGACUCUGCAGACUGUAUAGGUAAAUUGCUGGAGGAGAACAGCAGUUUACAGUACCUAGAUGUGUCCAGUAACUACCUAGGCAAAGAUUACUUCUCACGUAUAGUAGGACCGGCACUCAAAACCAAUACUGCACUGAAAACACUAAGGUGUGAAAGUAUAGGAACAACUGAUGCCCGGCUCCUGAUAGAAGGUUUACAAUCAAAUACUAACCUCACAGAACUGGACAUCAGUAGUAAUGAUAUAUCAGAUAAAGCUGUCUUUGGUAAAGGACUUGCAGAAUGCCUUAAGAGACAAGACUGCAAACUGACAACCAUUUCACUGAGUCGCUGUGACCUGAACGCUGUUGCUGUCACUGAGAUUGAGAAAGGUCUUCAGGAGAAUAAUUCACUGUGUGAGCUAAACCUUACAGGGGCUCAGUUGGACAGUCUUGGAGGGCUGGUCAGCCUAAUCAGCACUGCUUCCAGACAUCCAUGUAUGAGAAACCUUAGUCUGGAUAGUGUCAAGUCUAAAUCUCAAGAUUUAAAAUCAGAUGUUCAGCAAUGUGAAUCUACAUCCUGCCUUCAAGUAUUGAGUCUGAAUUCAUGUGGUCUUGUGGAUGGCGUUUUUACCUCACUGGAGAAGAGUUGCAAAGGGAAGUUGGUCAAUCUGGUUGAAAUUGAUCUUACAAGUAAUGAGAAUCUCACUCUACAGUGUCUUGACAGUCUUGCAAAAAUAACCACUGCUGAAGAAGGACAGAGUUCAUUAAGAAGACUGAGAUAUGGUAAUAACAAGGGAGACAACUUGCCAGAGAAGCUUACAGAGUUCCCUAACUUGCAGUAUCUGAAUCUGAGACUGUGUCACCUGUCACACACAGAUAUCAGUCAGCUAGGGAAGCAUUUAUCUGAAAAAGACUGCAGUGUUUCCACUGUGAUUCUAGAUGGAUUGAAAUUGUCAGGCACUGAUUCCAUUAAAGAUCUGCUAGUAAAUCCAAAGACAAGCAAAUUGACAACUCUAAGUCUAGGUGGCUGCUCAUUGGAUGACAGUGACCUUUUACCACUGUGUAAUGCCAUCAAAGAAGGUUUACAACUUAGUAUGCUGAAGCUGUCAGCCAAUCGUAUCACAGAUGAAGGUGUAACUAAGCUGGUGGAAGCUAUGCUAAAGAAUAAAGCAUAUCCACUGGCAGUAUUAGAUCUGUCAACUAACAGGAUUCAGGGUACAGGUGCUAAAUCUCUUACAAAACUGUUCUCUUCAAAAUCCAAACUUCACAGUCUGAAUGUCAGCUCUAACAAUAUAGAUAAAGAAGGACUUCUGGCACUGGCGUCAGUUGUGGCAGGGAAAUCACCUUUACAGACACUACAUGUUCAUGAUCAAAGUUCAAAACAAGAUGAAGGAAGUAUGGUGGAAAUUUUUGCAAAGCUUGCAGGCAGUCUAGGAUACAAGAUACAGAUGGAUGGGGACAAAGUGAAGCCUGGAUGUUGUGAUCUACCUUCCAAUCUACCUGAUGGACUUCUUGUUAAUUUGACCAAUAUGGGAGGUCAUACAGGAAACGUAGGUCAGGCUAUAGACAGUAGAUGUAUCAAGACAGAUUUUAUACAGGAACGUUUACCAAGUCUGUCAUUCCACCAUAUCAUGCAGAUAUGCUGCUUUCUGAAAGGAAAAAGUACUGAGAAGUGUGUGUGGUCUGAGAAUGAAUGGGACAUGAUAACAGGGGCUGACAGACCAACAACUGACACACCAUCUUGGCUCAAGUUACCGGCCCAGAGAGACCGUUGUAUCUAUGUUAGCAACCUGCCUGGCAACGCCACGUUACAGAAACUAGAAGCUAUCUUAGAGAUGGAUGCUGACUGUAGUGUUGAGGAAACAUGCAUGAUGAAGGACCCUGUUACAAGAAGUAUCAAUGGUGUAGGCUGGGUAGUCAUGAGCGAUCAGGAAUCUGUUACCAAGGCGAUUGACUACUUUAACAGUGGAGAGGCAAAGUUAUUUGGUCAAGCUUUUAUGAUGUCAGAGGUCAAAGUUCAAGUGGACAAUGAUGCCAGUGCAGAAAUAGAACAGAAGGCUGUGGCUGACAGAGAGACUCGACAGAAAUUGAGAGCGCGAGAAGAGGCGGAACACAAGACAUUAAUUAUAAACACAACAGAGGCGUCGUGGAAACGUCAUGCUUACAGACUCGCACAUCCUGCGUAUGCGGAUGGUCGUAUCUGGUAGACUGCACACUGAGCAUUUUCAGGAAAUCCAGACUUACGUUCCUUACUGUUGCUAAGAUGACUUUUUGUGAUUUUCAUUUUACACUAAUAUUUACAAAUAUUUCAAUUUGCAGCAUUGCAAUUGGCCGAUAUAAAACAGCCAUGAAUAUCAACAAUCCUGUCCCAGAAUAUAACCUGCCACAAAUCAUCUUGUCUUAAAAAAUGCAUAUACAGCUGCUGGCGAUCAAUUUACAAAAUACAUGCACAAUAUAUAGUUUCAUAAACAAAAAGACAUGUAAAGAGGUACAUACAUUUUCCAGAGAGGUACAUAUAUUUUCCAGCAUUUUAUUGAUAAAGGUUAAUAGGGUAGUGAUUAUUAACUAAAGAAAAACAUAUCUAGAUUUCUAACAAUGACUGAUUAAUUGGUACACAAGAAAGUUAUCAUGCAAAUUUUGAAUUUUUGCCUGAAAUUUGUGCCACUAAGUUCAGUUUUCCUGGUUACUGCUCGUGAAGAAAAAUAAUGAUUCUAUAGGCGUGUCGUGAUCAAGUACUUUGGAAUCAUCUAAUUUCGUAUGCACGAAAUUUCGUGGCUUGAACCAAAACGACUAUUUCAUUUGGAUUUGAAUUGUGAAUUUCAACUUUCAGGACAUUAAAUGAAUAGGAAUUUAGCAUAUUCAUUUAGAAUUCAAUUUCCCUGCAUUAACCACAUAACCUACGAAAAUUAUACACCCACAAAUAUUGAUGAUUGCCCA